GUGGAGGAGGUGCACGGUGACGGGCUGGAGCUGGUGGUGGGGGACGCCGCGGCCCUCGCGCCCGCUCCCCAGCUUGGCGCGGCGGUUCGCGCUCGCCUUCGCCUCGAUCGUCUCCGACUUCAGGUCGUCAAGGGUGCCGCGGUGCCCUUCGACGACCGCGACCUCCGCAGACCUGGCUGGCAGGCCGCCGAUGCCGCAGCUGAGGUGGAGGUGCCCCCGACGCCUGCCCAGCAGCGCGAGGGGCUCCGCUGGGUGAGACGGCUUCUCGCUGACCCUGGGGCCUGGUACGGAGGCGCGGUCUGGGAGCCUGAGUCCAUCGAUGAGGCGGCCAGACGCAUCGACGGCGCGGGCUCGCGCCGCGCCCGCCGUGCCGCUCGCUAACCCAGCGUGCCCGCUGCCGCGGCGACACUCCUCGAGCUGUCGCGGUAGCCUCUGGGCGCCAUUUUGCUUCUUGGAGGCCGCAGUUUGCGGAGCCUCCUAGCCGCAUUUUGCGGCUCUCGCCUUCUUGGCGGCAGGAUCGGCUCGUGCUGCACGGGCUGCCUUGUCAUUUAAAAAAAGCGGCUCCAGUCCGAGGCAUUUUUGUUACGCUUGCUCCUGUCGAUUGUGCCGCUCCUGGGGCACGGCCCUUCCCAGA